AUGACCCGUAGUGAAGGCUCAUCACAUCUCGCAGAAUACCAGUCUGAUAUUGGAAAGUUUGAGAGAGCAAACAGAAGGAAAAAGCAAGCACAAGCAAGAAUUGUUGAAAUGGCUGAAGACGGUCACCAACAUCAGUUUCAAGAACUUCCUCAAAUACCUCCUGCUGGGAACGCUGCUGCUGUACAAGCUGCUGCUGCUGCUGCUGCACAAGCUGAAGCUGCACGUUUAGCAGCACAGAAUCAAAGACCUGUACCUGUUCGGCAAAUACUGAGAGAUCAUGAUACCCCUAAUGCUGAACAUUAUCGGGACAGAUUCCAGUAUCCUCCUAUUCCCAGGAACGACUUUGAGAUCAAAACCGGGUUGGUAUCUCUAGUGAAGCAGAAUCAGUUCCACGGUCUCGCCUCAGAGAAUCCGGUCUACCAUUUGGAUAACUUUGAGGAUGUGUGCAGCACAUUAAAGAUGAAUGGGGUGCCGGAUGAUGCUGUCAAGUGCAGGCUGUUCAUAUUCUCUUUGGCUGACAAGGCUCACCAUUGGUUCAGGUCGUUGAAUUUUGAUAAUCUGCGAAGUUGGGAGGACUACAAAGCUGUUUUCUUAACACAGUACUUCACCCAAUCCAGGACAGCUCUUCUGAGUAAUAAGCUCACUACCUUUCAGCAAGGUGGUACGGAGUCUUUCCAUGAUGCUUGGGAGAGGUUCAAAGACUACAGGGAAUGUCCUCAUCAUGGUUUUCCACAUGCCACACUUAUCAACACGUUCUACCGAGGAUGUGAUAAGGUUUACAGGAUGGCACUAGAUACUGGUAGUGGUGGUAACUUCAUGACCAAGUCUGAUACAGAAGCUGAGUUGUUGAUUGAGAAUCUUGCAGGUAGUAACAGCAGCCAGGAUAUUGAUUAUAAUAGGUCGCAGAGAGGUGGUGGAGCUGAAUCAAAACAGAUUGCUGAGUUGACAGCCAAGGUUGAGCAACUUCUUAAGAGAGAUCAGAGAAUGGUUAACUACUGUGAUGAUAGUGGUAAAGCUCAAGCAUACCAAGAGUUCAUUGGAGACGGUUCAGAAGAUUUUCAGGCUGAGUUGAACUACGUCAAUAACUUUCAGGGAAACUAUCAGAAUAAGGGGUUCAAUCAGAACUACAGGAGUCAUCCUAACCUCUCUUACAGAAGCACUAACGUGGAGAAUCCGCAGGAUCAAGUAUAUCCAGCGCAGAUGGGAUCUCAGGGUCAGCAGUUUCAGCCUAAGACUUUUCCAUCAGGGAAUGGAAAUUUCAGCAACAAGGUGUUUGUACCAAAACCACAUGUCGCUGGACAAAGUGGUUUUCAGCAGAAACCCCAGUUCUCUAACUUCAAGGGAGGUUACCAAGCACCUGGAAACACCUCUUUAGGAGAUAAUGAGAUGAAACAGAUGAUGCAACAGAUUCUUGAAGGGCAGAAAAAGAAUGCAGCUGAUAUCAAUGUCAAGGUCGAUAGCAUGUACAAUGAUCUUCAUGGAAAAUUUGAGUCACUAGCUUCACAUGUUAAGACGCUUGAGAAUCAAGUAACCCAGACAGCAUCUGCUUCUGCAAGGCCAAUGGGAGUUCUUCCUGGUAAACCAGUAGCGAACCCGAAGGACUACAACGGUAGUAAGGAGUAUGUCCAAGCCAUCUCACUGAGGAGUGGUAAACAGCUCAAUCCAAUUCUGGAGAAGGAGAAGGCGAUAGCCAUCUCUGAUGACUCAGGAAAGGAUAUUGCUGGAGAGAAAUCUGUUGCUAAACCACUGGUUGAAGAAGUAGAAGCAGAGGAGGAAGUUCUGGAGAAAGGAGAGACUGAAGAAGCUGCAACAUCUCCUUAUGUGCCUAAGCUGCCUUUUCUAGGUCGCUUGAGAAAGAUUCAGAGAGAAAAAGAAUAUGCUCGGUUUGACGAGAUUAUGAAUGAGCUUCAAGUUAAGCUUCCAUUUCUUGAGCUGGUUAUGAAUGUUCCUACCUACAGGAAACAUUUAAAAGACAUUUUGACUAACAAGAAGACUCUUGAAGAAGGGGCUGUUUUGAUUAGUCAUGAAUGUAGUGCUAUUCUCCAGAAUAUUGUGCCUAAGAAGAUGGAAGAUCCUGGCAGUUUUGUGUUGCCUGGUACGAUUGGAGAGCACACCUUUAAUCGAUGUCUCUGUGACUUGGGAGCAGGAGUGAGUUUGAUGCCAUUCUCAGUUUCAAAAAGAUUGGGGCUCACUAAUUUCACCCCAACCAAGAUGUCUUUGAUACUUGCUGAUCGCUCUGUGCGUUUUCCUGUUGGAGUGGCUGAGGAUGUGCAUGUACGGGUUGGAAAUUUCUAUAUUACAACUGAUUUUGUCAUCAUUGAGCUUGAUGAGGAGCCAAGAGACCCACUCAUUCUUGGUAGACCAUUCCUAAACACAGCUGGAGCCUUGAUAGAUGUGAGGAAGAGCAAGAUUAAACUUCAUAUUGGUGAUUUUUUCCAAGAGUUUAACAUGGAGAGAGUCAUGUCUAAACCCAGAUGA